CGCAGGCUGGCUGGCGGACCGGAGAGACAGAUGAGCCAGGGGCGCGGAGAGAGACUCCGAGAAGGAGCAGAGGGAGCCCAGCCCCGGGAGGGCCGACCUCCCGCCUCUCUCAGUUCAUUCAUCCCUCCCUUGUCUCCUCUGCGGGGCAGUGACUGUGGCUCUCGGUUUCUCCAGGUUGGUGCCUAAGAAGAUGAUAAUCACACAAAUGAAUCGCUGCUUCAUGACCAGCCUUGGACUUCUCUUCUUGAUUAAUAUUCUCCCUGAAACAACUGGUCAAGGGGAAUCAAGACGACAAGAACCUGGUGACUUUGUGAAACAGGAUAUUGGCGGGCUUUCUCCUAAGCAUGCCCCGGAUAUUCCUGAUGACAGCACUGACAACAUCACUAUCUUCACCAGAAUCUUGGACCGUCUUUUGGACGGCUAUGACAACCGGUUGCGACCUGGGCUCGGAGAUGCAGUAACUGAAGUGAAAACCGACAUCUAUGUGACCAGUUUUGGCCCUGUGUCAGACACUGACAUGGAAUACACAAUUGAUGUAUUUUUUCGACAGACAUGGCAUGAUGAAAGACUAAAAUUUGAUGGCCCCAUGAAGAUCCUUCCACUGAACAAUCUCCUGGCUAGUAAGAUCUGGACCCCUGACACCUUCUUCCACAAUGGCAAGAAAUCAGUAGCCCAUAACAUGACCACACCUAACAAGCUGCUCAGACUGGUGGACAAUGGAACCCUCCUCUACACAAUGAGGUUAACAAUUCAUGCCGAGUGUCCCAUGCAUUUGGAAGAUUUUCCUAUGGAUGUGCAUGCCUGUCCGCUGAAGUUUGGAAGCUAUGCCUAUACGACAGCUGAGGUGGUUUAUUCUUGGACUCUUGGGAAGAACAAAUCUGUAGAAGUGGCACAGGAUGGCUCUCGUCUGAAUCAGUAUGACUUGCUGGGCCACGUUGUUGGAACAGAGAUAAUCCGGUCUAGUACAGGAGAAUAUGUCGUCAUGACAACCCACUUCCAUCUCAAGCGAAAAAUUGGCUAUUUUGUGAUCCAGACCUACUUGCCAUGUAUCAUGACUGUCAUUCUGUCGCAAGUGUCUUUCUGGCUCAACAGAGAGUCUGUUCCUGCCCGCACGGUCUUUGGUGUCACCACUGUUCUUACCAUGACCACCUUGAGUAUCAGUGCCAGAAACUCCUUACCUAAAGUGGCAUACGCGACGGCCAUGGAUUGGUUCAUAGCCGUCUGUUAUGCCUUUGUAUUUUCUGCGCUGAUUGAAUUUGCCACUGUUAACUACUUCACCAAGCGGAGUUGGGCUUGGGAAGGCAAGAAAGUGCCAGAGGCCCUGGAAAUGAAGAAAAAGACACCAGCAGCCCCAACAAAGAAAACCAGCACCACCUUCAACAUCGUGGGAACCACCUACCCCAUCAGCCUGGCCAAGGACACUGAGUUCCCCGCCAUCUCCAAGGGCGCUGCCCCCAGUGCCUCCUCAACCCCGACAGUCAUUGCUUCGCCCAAGGCCACCUAUGUGCAGGACAUCCCGACGGAGACCAAGACCUACAACAGUGUCAGCAAGGUUGACAAAAUUUCCCGCAUCAUCUUUCCUGUGCUCUUUGCCAUUUUCAAUCUGGUCUAUUGGGCCACAUACGUUAACCGAGAAUCAGCUAUCAAGGGCAUGAUCCGCAAACAGUAGGCAGUGGUGCCACAGCAACCAGAGCGCUGUAUACCCUAGUAUGCAUCCGAACUCCAGGCACCCGACCUCCAGGGCUCCCCUUUAUGUGUUUCAGGAUUCUUCUUUUUAACCCUCUGCCAAGCUGUCACUUCAUAUUUAUGAAUCUCAGUGAAAAACAAACAUAGAAAGAAUUACUUCUCCCUCUAACAUUGCUGAACAUGUCCUUAUCAGAGCCAAACACUGCCGUUUGUCCAGUUGCUCAUCUAGUGGGACAUCUGGCUGUUGGAGAGGUCUAGAUCCAGGAGGACUGUGGGGUGGUCCGGAUCAGAUGAUUCUGACCCAUUAGGAAGACAGGCUGGGCUAUCCCAUGUGGUCCCUCCUGGCACCUUCCCUACCUUCAGCAGGGUCCACAAGCCAUAAGUACUGAUAACAAGGGCAGGAGCCAGUGCUAACCUCUGAAAAGGCCCACCCAGCCCGUUUAUUGGCUUGGGGGUUAGUGGACACAAUUGAGGCUCACCAGUGUUUACCAUAUUAUGGACAAAACACCAACUUGGCCAGCCAGACCCCAAGAUGGCUGGUGUCCUGCCAUGUCUAGCCCCUCAGAAAAAUAGUACACUCUUUGGUAUAUGUGCCCCCAAAGUAAGCCCUGUUCUCUCAAGCUCUUUGUCUCCCUUGAGAGCUGGUAUCCCUUGUAGCCAGCUGGCCACUGCUUAGUUUGGUUUCAUUACCAUCUACAAAUUCUUCAGGAAAAGGGUAAAGUACUUUUUAAAUUCAUACUAAAAAGAGACAAAUGGGAACAAAUAACUGCACAAUAAUUUAAAAAAGAUUAGAGAGCAAAGUCACCUCCUGCCAAGGCAACUAGUGAAAUACUGGAUAGGGCUAGAGAUUUGGACUGGGUGGUAGUUGAGACUUGAAGUCUGGCUCAAAAGAGAGGGCCACGGGCAAGCAAAAGUUGCAUUUUUUCUUCCAUACCCUCCACACUUGAGCCCCUAGCUCAGGCGCAAGGGCUUUGCCCCCCACCCAUCAGGGAGCUCGGGUCUCUGUUGAUGCAGAUUAUGAGGGAGCUGCGCUGGAGUUUUGAGUCAGCGAAAUCAUUCACUUUAUUGCCAGUUUGAUAAUAUAUUAUUUAGAUCAUUUGAUCUCAUUUGUUAUUGUGUGCAAAAGGAAGCUAUAAUUGUAAAAUUUUUAUAAGGUAGAUAAACUGAGUCUCAGAUAUUUGAAUGACUUGCCUAGGCUUCUUAAAAGGGUCUGUAAUGAAGUGCAGUUUGGUCGAACACAAAGAUUUUUAAAGUCACAAUGUGUCACCCAAAGAGACGAGUUGCAUAGAUCGAGCUCAAGGGGAUGAGAUUAAGAUGGCAGCCCCAGCCACUAGUCCAGAGUAUCCAGGAAGCCCCAAGUUAAGCCACAGAUGGCACCAAAACCAUUCUCCCUGCCCACCCCCUGAACAGAGCCCCCAAGGGGUCUAUCAUUAGCUGCUGGUUGCCCUUGCACACAUCCUUCCCCUGUCCCCUGCUUCCAUGCCACUGCUGGGAUAAUGCAUGCCAGUCCCAGACUGUGUCUAUAGGUAAAUUCAUGACUAGCGGAGUGCGGUGUCGUGACUCUGGGGGGGUGGGGGUGGGGGCGCUGUUCAUGACUGUCUUAAGGAAUUCAGAAUGGAAGCCUGACCUUUGCCUUUCUGUAGAAAUUUGUGUUUCCAAAUGCUUUGGUGUAAUGUUUAGUGGCUGUUUAUUAAACUUAUGAAUUGUACUCAGGCUGGA